UAGUAACAUUGCACAUACUUAAUUUCAAAGUCCUUUACACUUCAUUUCUUUUCACACCACUUUGAAAUGUAAUUUGAAUUUUAUCGUUUAACUGUGCCACUACAGACACACCGAUGUUCAAUGUAAUUUGAUAAAAUUUCAUGGCGUUUCAAUAUUUCUUGAAAAUUUUUCCGCGGGUAAACGUGACGCCAUGUUGCUUUGUUGUGCCGGUAGCGUCAUCUUCGUUUUAAACAGUUGGUGUUUCGUUCAAAUCGUAUGUACGUUAGUAAAACGCGGCGUUCCUCAAAUUUUCGAAUUUACGAAUAAAACGAAGAGUGAUAAUGAUAAUUCGAUGAUUCGUGCGCGAUUAAAACAUCGAAAGAGAAAGGACAUUGAAAAUUUGGUUAUAAAAUAUGUGUAUAAGUGAACAGCAGCAACAUACCUUCCUGGAACUUUGAAUCGGUGGACGAAUGUCGUAUACAAAGUCUUUUUUCGUCAUCUUCUCGCUGAUGUUCCGAUUACAACGUAAAUUGUAUUUCAUGGCGUCUCCCAACAUCUAAUUCCUGCGGCUUUGGCUGUGGCAAACUGCGCUUGCUGGGAAACGGAGGAUGGCGGCGGCGGCGACGGCGGCCGGGGCGGAGGCGCUCGAUAAGAAUUCUUCAGACACGGACGCGCGAAUCGAUCACGAUUCAAGACGCGAGCAAAUCCCCGCAAAGAAGAGCGAAGAUCGGGAGAAAGUUUGCGUUCUCUCCGUAGACAAGAUCACGCUCGAAAAGAUCGUGUUGGAACGUACCGGCGGUUCUCGCGAGGUUCUUCUGACGAAGAACGAGAGUUCGCGGAAACUUUCGAUAAAGUCGGAGCUCGGUGGAGGAUCGGUGUCUGAGCGGGCAACGAGAUGCAACGAACCGGCAACGAAUUCUGGCAAAUUUCGCGCUUCCCUUCCUGAAGAGAUAGUAGCCGCCGCGUCCGCGGGCGGCGACGCUCCGUCGAAACAAACUGCGGAAUCGUGGACGAUAGAGAAGAGAAUCAACCCUGUCAAGUUGACCAAGAGUCGUCCGUUCGUGAAAGGAGGACCGAGGAAGAAGAUUUUGGAAAAAGUUGUCUGUUCCCCUGUGGGAGAAAACGAAUCUAGCAAAUCAGUUGAAGUGGACGGAGGGAAGGACGAGAUAGAAGAGGCGAGCGCGAAGGAUCGUUUGGAGAAGAGUCGGACGAAGAUCGAGGUGCUGCAGCAGAACCUGAGCGCGAGGAUCGACGCGAGCACGGCUCAGAGGUACAAGGAGGAAUUACUGGAAUCGCGAGGAAACCGUGCCGCUCGAAAGUUGGCCGACGGGACGUUGGAUUCGAACGUCGAGAGGCUCGCGAGCGGUAAGCUGACGUUCGACGAAGAGUUCCUGCAGAAGCACAAUCUCGACAAGAGAUUGAAGAUCGAGGAGUAUCGGGAUCUGCCGGGAUCGGACGCGAGUCGCGAGUCCGCUUCGACCGGACUCCUUGCCGGUGGAGAAGAGGAGGAGGAGGAGGAGGAGGAGGAGGAGGAGGAGGAGGAGGAGCCGUGCUCGGCUACAGCAGCGAGGAAGCUCGGCUACAGCGAGAAGGUGCUGGAAGUGGAGAAGAGGUGGUCCGGCGAGUUUCUCAAGGACCAGUUGGAUCGUCGUUCCUCGGGAUCGUCCAAGUCCUCUUACGUGGAGGAGUUGGGCAGCGUUUCCUCGUCCGGGGAGGAGAGCGAGGACUACGAGCGAGGACUAGGAUCGGCCAGGGCUUUGCCGUUCGAGCGGUGCCAGGGGAAGCGGGACGCCGGCGACAGCACGCUCAGCAUCGUCGACUCGGACUCGUGUCUCGAGGAGAGGAUCAAGUCUUUGGAGCAGGAUAUCGGAGAGAAGGAGACGGAAGAAGGACUCCGAGACGAGAAUGACACCGACGACGACAGAGCGGAGCUCGACGGACGGAGCUCGAGAGAGAUAAGCAUCGAGUGUCGUAGUCCGAGAAAUCGGCAACGAUCGAGUAAAGUAAUCGGGAGUAACCGGGAGGUCUCGAGCGCGACCAGCACCGACAGCGUGGACUUUGCGGUGAUCGGCGAUCGCUUCGGAGCGGACGGGUACGCGAAUCUGAUAAGAGAGUUCGCCAUGGAGGCGGCGGCGGGAUCGUCCUCUCGGUCGGCGAAGAAAGAGGAGAAGCAGCAGAAGAGGAAGCUGGGCCUUCGUCGUUUGCUACCGGGCUUCUUCUCGCCGAAAGAUUCCCGAAAGGAGUACAGCAGGAAGAAGGAGUCGAAGGAGAGGAAGAGGCCCGACGACAAGCACUUUGCCCGUUACCAGCAGAACGGCAACUACACCAGGUCUCCGGACACGAUGAACCUGAACGAAGACAUCAAGAGGAACGUGAAGCUUGACAACAGCCUGAACGGGUCGAUAAUCGAGGAGAGGCUGGACGAGAUUAAGCGCGAGCUGUUCCCGAAUCACCCGGAUCAAGGACCGAUAACGAGCACGCCGGAUCACUUGGCCAGGGACGAGGAUCGCGAGGGUCUUUUGCUGCGCGAUCGAAGCGGAGUGCCGAGGUGUUACGCGACCGACUCGAGCCUCAGCUCGAUCGCGCCGGACGAAAGGUGGAACGAGCGGAACGCGCAGCUGGGAAUCUCGCCGGACAUUAGGAAAUUCGAAGAGAGACAGAAGCGCGAGGAAUUCGGUCAGAGAUACAACGGGCAACGAUACAACAGCAACAACAACAACAACGGUCAGCUCGAACGAAAACACAGCUUGCAGGAGCCGAGUCACGCCGCGGUCAGACCGUCCUGCUUCUUCCAGAGGAACCACGCUCCCUCUGGCAGGAUAUCCGCUCCACCGAGCGAGAGGUACCUGGUCAGGCCGAGAGCCGUUCGUCCGAUGGAUCGGCCGUUGCCCGCGAUACCGCGCUCCAGGGCCGAACUAGCGGCCGACUACGAGAACUACUUGGCCGAGCAGGAGGAAGAAGGAGAGGAACGAAAGGCAGCGAGGUACGGAAGGAACGCCAGGUACGACAAACCUGCCGCCGAGUACCUCGACGAGAACGAGGACGAUCCCUCGGGCCUGAUUUUGAAGUCGGUGUCCGCGCAGGUGAAGAUCACCAGGCAACCGAUAGUGAAUCAGAAUCACAGAGCUCCUCUGGUUGGCAGAUCGCCCAAGUAUCUCUCCUCCGGAUCGAGUCAAAAGUCCGGUGACUACGGCGACUCGAGUUGCACGCCAAACUCCAGUCAGAAGAGCGAGUUUUCACCUUCUAGCUCCAAAAGCGGCGAGUACUACCUGCACUCGCCACGAAACAGCGGAUCUCCGCCCAACGAAGCAGGCGAGUUCGACGACUGCGAGGAUUCGGCGAAGAGAAGAGAGGCCAUCUACGAGAACGAGAAGAUCUCGCCGUCAUCGAGAUCGCCACCCGCCGGAUGCGCGAGCGAAAGGAUUUACGACCAGACGCCCGGCGGCGCUACCUCCCCGUGCGAGGAAAACUCGGCAAACGCCCGGCAACUCGAACGUCGACGUUCGAUCGACAACGAUUCUCUGGACAACGUGAGAGUUUCGUCACCUCCGAGACGAACUGCUGCUCGUUGCAGAGGCGAGAGAUGCUCGGUCUCGCCCAGGGAGAACCUCGCGAACGAGAAACGCGAGGACGAGGCAAACGAGGAUCUGCGUAUCGAGAGCUGCAGUCCUGCCUCUCCCACCGGAAGUCAGGGUAAACCAAUCUCCCCGUUCGGCUCGCGACAACGUCUGCCAGCUUCCAGCAGGAGGGACCUUGCUCAGCCCAACGAACAGAUUCUCAUAGCCUCUCCGAAGAGGGAAACCUCCGCCUCCUCCUGCGAGACGAGAAUUCCACGCCGUCCCUCCAACGAGUCGAGACGAUGCGCCAUGGAGUCGCCGGUUCGUAUGAGCAACGCGCCUCGCGGUUCCCUGGAUCGGCGUAGCCAGGAGGAAUCCGGUUCGAGCAAAGCCGCCGCGAGCAAGGAGGCUCGCGACGCCGACGUCAGCUUCAACGACGCGGAGAUAUCGCGACCGGAGCCCGUUUACGGGCAGCAGAAGAGCCAGAGGAACGCGGAAAUUGGCAGCACUCCACCGACGAGAAUUCGAGAAUCGUCGGACGAACGAACGACGAGCGGAAAGGAUGGCGACGACAGAGUGGCCUGGGUCCAAGCAUCGCACGCGUCUUCGCCUCGCGCGAGCCCGCAAAAGCCGAACGAGCCUCGUUCGACCGUCGUUCCACUCGCGAGAGAGAACGUUCGAUCGCCUCGUACAGUCGAGUCGUCGUCGUCGUCGUCGUCGUUGGUGCCGUCGUCGCAACGACACGACGAGCAAGGUUACCAUCGUUCGCAGGAUGUCCCCGUUCCCUCUUCGCGUCGCGUGGAAGUUCGAUCAACGGGAAUGGCGGGACGGCAAGAACCUCGGCCGGAAGCGGUGCUGUACGUUCAGAGAAUGCUCUGCGAACCGAGCGCGACGUACGGGCACGUACGGGGAACGUACAACGUAGCAGCGAUCGCCGGGCCGUUGUCGCCCUCGAAGCAGCAGACCAGGCAACAUCUGGAGGCGUUCUACUGGCAGCAAAAGGCGCUGGAGGCGCGCAGAAAGGCCUCCAUGGCUGUUCCGACGAACGCCGGCCCCAGGCAGGUGGCCAGGAAAAUUGACUUACCGGAGGUCAGGGAAGCGAUGUACUGGCAGCAACUCAAGAAGCUCGACGAGGAGCAACAGAGACGUAUUUACGAGCAGAACGCGACGGAGGAGAUAUCCUCCUCCUGUUGUCGAAAGAACGCGAACCUCGGACAAACUUCGUUGCUUCGAAGUCCCUCGAGCGUCGGCGUGCCGGUCGCCCACGGAGAUCCAUCAGCCUCGUGGAUCGGCGGUAGCCAGGUUGUUGGUCAGCAACCACCUCGUGGUUGCCCGACAACAAAGUCGAACCCCGCGGGGAAACCUCCGUUGAUGCAGAGCCAGAAAGGCCAGAAUCAGCCGGUGUUGAUCGUCCGGCCUCAACAAGCGAUUCGCGAGCGUCGCGACUUGGCCACCUCGUCGAAACCCAUGCUCGAACCUGUCGUCAGGCAGGAGGCGCAGCGAAGCAAGAGCGCCUCCCCGCAUUUCCAUCGGGGGGAGCUUCCUCCGGCGCAAACGGCAAAUCCGAGGCAAAAGCUCGACGUUUCCUCGAUCUACGAGGAGGAACGAACGAACAACGACGUCCUCGUUGGAAAGACGUCGACGUUGAUGGCACCUCCGCCCCCGCCGAUCUUCAAGAGGGGCAGCCUGAUCGGCGGAGAGCCUCACGCCGUGCAGGAGUACGCGAGUGCCGGUGGUAGCGCGAAGAGGGUCAGCUUCUCGAAUCAGUCGGUCGUCGGGCAGGACCUGGCCAGCGUCGGGAAUUGGCCGACGAAGCACGGCACCGCGCCGGAACCACCGACCAGGAGGCACAGGAGCGAGGACAGCGUUUCCGACACGGACUCGGUGUUUUCUCAUCAAGAGCGCAGGGACGCGGUUCACACGAUUCACGCGGACGGUACGGAAUACGACGCCGACAGACCUCUACCGCCUUUGCCUAAGGACAUUGGCGGCACUGUCAACGGGCCGAGCAGACUGGGAACGAGCGUCGCAUACGGCGAGGUUCGUUGGAACGAUCCCAGAAGAGCCGUUAGCCCACAGCGGAUGCUUCGACGGAACGAGGAAGAGUGGAAUUCGGAUGGCAAGGGUCGACAGUCCAACGACAUCGGUGAGUCAGUCUUUUUCCUCGUUUCAUUCGAGAACUCGCUCCAACUCGCUUCCUCUCCGCGUUCUCUUCCGCGCAGGAACCCGAUACACACAGGUCGAGUAGGCUGCUAGAUCCUUUCCUCCGUU